UUUAAAUACGGUUGCGCGCGAACAUUUGGUCCUUCGAACCGGAUCGUUUAGAAUCAGUUUUUCGGAUACUUCGUUUAAAUUCAUUUGCGUAAAGUGUGUUACGAACAAUAGCGCACAAUUGAACUUACUUGACAAUUGGUGAAAUAAAGACAAUUCUGUUCGCCUUCGAAGUUGAAUCGAAUUCAAAAUACGCGGAUUGAGGUCACGGAGUAUACAGAUUAACCAGAGUUUAUUUGAUUCGGAUCACCAACUGUUAUGUAAAUUGUGGAGUUCAUAACUGAAGCUGAAAAAGAGCGAAACUCCCAACCAGUGAAAUUGGAAUAAAACAACGCCAUCACUUGUGCACCAUUGUGGAGUGCAGCUACAAUCACCAUUGCGCACUGGAAGCUGGGUUGCUGCACUACUGGAUGAAGGAUUUGACCAGGGAAGUACUGCUCAUUCUGUAAGCUUGGUGCAUGUGGCUUAGAAAUAAUAAAGGAAUACGACUAAAAUAAAUAAAUAAAAGUGCAUGCGAGUUUCAUUUAAUUUGGCUUGGCCUGAGUUUUUUUUUUGUCUGGUUGUGUUUCAAAAUCUGCUGGAUUUUGUGGUUGUUAUAUUUUUAUCCUCAUUGCAAUCACAUUCUGCCUUCUGUCACAUCGAGAUUCGCGUAUCGUGGAACGUAGAGUAAACCAAUUUGAAGUAAUAGAAAUCAGUGAGUGUUAUCAGUGGAAUAAAUACUUACGAAACUAUCGAAAUGAGCAAGGAAUUGAGAGCACUCACAAAGCGGGAACGGCAGAUGCUGAAUAGCUUGGACGUCGUGCAGCAAUUUUUAGAGGAUUUUGAAUGGGACAGGGAUGAGUGCCAGGUUGAAGUUCGGUUGCAGCUGUUGCAGGAGGAGUACAAAGAAUUUCUCGAAGUUCGCAACAAAAUUGAAAUUAUCAUGGAAGAUGCGGAUUCUGAGAAAUUUGCUGCGGGAGAUGAAGAUGAAAAAGAGGAAGCAGAUCAACUUCGAGAAAAGGCCAAUUUUGACGUAAUGCGGCAGUUUCAGAAUCGGUUUUGUGUGCUGAAGGCACAACUUUUGAAGCUAAAACCUGUCAGUACAGCAGUUUCGAAAUGCGACAGAGAUCAAUCUAAUUAUGGACAGCAGACAGCAGCAUUUUCUCGAGUUAAACUUCCGGAGAUUUCCCUUCCCCACUUCAGCGGUAAUAUAAAGGAUUGGGUUACGUUUCGCGAUACCUUUUAUAGUCUGAUCCAUAACAACUCGCAGUUGACGGAAAUGGACAAAUUCACGUACCUGAAGUCGUCACUCACAGGAGAAGCUCUCCAGGAGGUAAACGGCAUCGAGUUGUCUGCGGCCAACUACGAUGUAGCUUGGAAGACUCUGGAAUCCAGAUACGAAAACCGAAAACUCAUCGUGAAGGAUCAUCUGGAUGCACUCUUCUCACUUGAACCUCUGAAGAAAGAAUCUUACGAUGGUUUGAAUCAUCUUAUCUGCGAGUUUGAGAAGAAUUUGCAAAUGUUGGAGAAAAUAGGUGAGAUCGUUUCCGGUUGGAGUACAUUGUUAGUCCACAUGUUAUGUUUAAGGUUGGAUACCACGACUCUACGUAAUUGGGAGACUCACCACAACAGUAAAGAAGUCCCUACGUACGAGAAACUUCUGGCAUAUCUCCGUAACCAUUGCUCAGUUUUGCAGUCAGUUGCUUCUGCCAAACCUUCAAAUUUUGAUCAGCGUCAACCCAGAGUAGCAGUGUGUCACACUACAUUGAAGACCCCGGCCAGAUGUCCCUUUUGUACCGAUCCCUGGCAUUCACCUUUCCAGUGUCCAACAUUCCAUUCAAUGAGUUUACCAGAACGAAACGAUGCUGUAUCUCGCUACCGGCUAUGUAAGAAUUGCCUUCGUCCCGGACAUGUCUUCAAAGAUUGCGAUCGAGGAACCUGUCAUCACUGUUUUCAAAAACAUCAUUCGAUGCUGCAUGUUGGGCAGAUUAAACACUCCGUUCCACAGCCGCAAUCCACAUUCGCGAUGUUGAAUCCUCCAUCGCAACAACCACAGUCCACGCAACACAACUCACUCCAACAGACACACACUCAGCCACAAAACACACACACAGCCAACUCGCAUAGCACACAACGCUCACAGUUCAGCACAGAUCAUGCCACCACAAGCCAGAAUUAUGUAGCAGUCCCUGCCACACCAACACCCGAUAUCCUUCUGUCAACCGCACUCGUUCGUAUGAGAGACAACUCUGGAAAUUCACUGCUGGCUCGAGCAUUGUUGGACUCGUGUUCGCAGCACUGCCUUAUGACAAGAGCUUUUUCGAAAAGGCUUAACUUUGAUGAAACUUCAGCAUAUCUGUGCGUGCAGGGGAUUGGGUCGUCUCGUAAUAUUUCAACAAAAGCAGUUAAGGCAGCAGUUUGUCCAAGAUCACAAAUAAUUUCACCAUUUGAAGAGGAGAUGCAGUUCCACGUGUUGCCAGAAUUGACGGUGCCGUUGCCGACGACGAGUUUCAAUCCGUCCACUUGGACCCUUCCUGACGUGAAAGUUCUGGCAGAUCCGCAGUUCUAUGAGAGCAGUCCAGUAGACGUUAUCAUUGGUGCAGAACACUAUAUGGAUCUGCUAACCGAUGGCAGACAAAAGGUAACCGACGAUGGACCUACGCUACAAAACACGGUAUUUGGUUGGAUCCUAUCAGGAAGGAUUCCACGCAGCUCCUCCAGAAUGACCCAGUCAAUCACGUUUGUGUGCUCCACGGCAGAGAUUGAACAGCAGCUCACAAGGUUCUGGGAACUAGAAACCUGUAACACUACAUCCAACAACUCCAUCGAAGAAACAAUCUGCGAAGAAAUAUUUGAUAAGACGACAGUCAGAGAUUCAUCAGGAAGGUUCAUCGUUACACUACCGAAGAAAGAAUUCGCAAUUGAACGUCUUGGCGAAUCGAAAAGGAUAGCAAUUAAUCGGUUCAGAGGAUUGGAACGACGCUUCUCUGCAAAUCCAGAACUGAAGCAGAUGUAUACUGAUUCAAUCCAUGAAUAUCUACACCUUGGACAUAUGCAAAUCGUUACGGACAGAUCUGAAAAGGGAACAUACUAUCUGCCACACCACGCUGUUUUAAAACCAGAAAGCACUACAACAAAACUUCGAGUUGUGUUCGACGCUUCGUGCAAAACAACGACCGGAGUAUCUCUGAAUGAUGUCCUUCUAGUUGGCCCUGUUGUACAGGAUGAUUUAAUCAGCCUAACUUUGCGCUUUCGGUUGUAUCAAUAUGCUCUUAUUGCGGACAUCGCCAAAAUGUACCGCAUGAUUCGAGUUCAACCAAACGAUAGACAUCUGCAGAGAAUCUUGUGGAGGGACUCCUCCGACCAGCCCAUCAGCUCAUUCGAAUUGACGACCGUUACGUACGGAACAGCAUCCGCACCAUAUCUGGCGACCAAGUGCCUGCAGAAGUUAGCAGACUAUGGUCAGCAAACUCAUUCGCUCGCAGCAUCCGUCAUCAGAAAUAACUUUUAUGUAGACGACCUGCUAUUGAGUAUAGGUAGUAUUGAUCAAGGCAGAGAACUCAUACGUGAAAUCAUCGAAUUGAUGGAAUCAGCCGGUUUCUCUUUACGGAAAUGGAAUUCGAAUUCCCGAAAACUCCUAUUGGAUGUACCAGAAACCCUGAGAGAUGAUCGCACCAUUCUAGAGCUAGAUUCGUCCAGCGCUCCAAUCAAAACCUUGGGUUUGGCUUGGGAACCAAGUACAGAUAAUUUCCGAUUCCAUAGUCCUAAGUGGAGCAUGGCAGCAGAUAUUACAAAAAGGGUUGUGUUAUCAGAUGUCUCCAGAAUAUUUGACCCCUUAGGCUUGGUUGGUCCGGUGGUGGUGAAAGCGAAGAUUUUUAUGCAAGAGCUCUGGAAAUACGAAUGCAGUUGGGAUGAGCCUCUCACUGAUAGUCUUCAACAACAAUGGCAAGAAUUUCGGAGAAAUCUUGUAGACUUGGAUGGCAUGUCCAUUCCUCGUUGGGUCGGAGUCACCGCAACUGUGAAGUCCAUACAACUUCACGGAUUCUGUGAUGCAUCAGAGAAGGCAUAUGGGGCAUGUAUAUUUGUAAGAACCGUCGAGGACAACGAUACUGUUUCAACACACCUCUUGAUUUCAAAAUCACGGGUAGCCCCUCUGGAAAAUCUCAAAAGAAAAAAUCGUCGGCAGUCCAUUCCUCGACUUGAGUUAUCUUCAGCACUGCUUCUUUCACAUUUGCACGAGAAAGUGAUGGCCAGCAUCCACAUCGAAGUCAAGUCAUAUUUCUGGACGGAUUCGAUGAUCGUAAAAUGUUGGCUUACUUCAGCACCAUCCAGGUGGAAGGAAUUCGUUGCGAAUCGAGUCUCCGAAAUACAGCACCUGACGAGUGAAGGAGUUUGGAAUCAUGUAAUGGGAGUUGAAAACCCUGCUGAUAUGAUUUCCCGGGGCAUGACUCCAGCGCAGCUACAAUAUCAAUCCAGUUGGAGGCAUGGGCCUGUUUGGUUACAGCUGGACGAAUCGAAUUGGCCCCAACCCAUCCCAAUCCAGGAGGAAGAAUUAGACAAGUCAAUUAUGGAAGAGAAAAAAGUCAUCACAGUAGUUCUACAUGCAAUCAACCCAAGUGAGAUAUUCGGCUUACGAUCAUCAUUAUCAGAUUUAAUUCGACUGACAGCACUCAUCCGCCGCUUUCGCUUCAACUCACAAGCUGCUAACCGGAAUCGUCGCAAGCAUGGAUUCAUCACCGCUGAAGAACGCGACGAAGCACUGAAAAUUUUAGUUCGUCUGUCCCAGAAAGAAGCAUUUCCACAGGAGUUUGCUGACUUAUCCAAGGGUGAACAGGUUCAGGAGUCCUCUAGAAUAAGUUCACUUCAUCCGCAGAUAACAGACGGCACUAUUUGUGUUGGUGGCCGGUUACAGCAUGCGCUGUUGUCAACAACUCGGAAGCAUCCAUUCAUAUUGCACCAUCGACACCCGCUAACAAGAGCAAUUGUAUCAUAUUACCACCGUAAGCUGUUUCAUGCAGGUCAACAACUCUUGAUUUCCACUGUCCGUGAACGGUUCUGGCCGACAAACGCUCGAAACCUGGCCAGAAAGGUUAUUCAUGAAUGUGUUCCAUGUUUUCGCAACAGACCCAGAACACACGAUCAACUGAUGGCAGAUCUUCCACCGGAAAGAGUCACUCCUUGCAUACCAUUUCAGCGAGUUGGAGUCGACUACUGCGGGCCGUUUUGGAUUGCGUUUCCACAUCGCCGAGCUCGUCCAACGAAAUGUUUUGUAGCUGUGUACGUGUGCUUGGUUACAAAGGCAGUGCACUUGGAGCUGGUCGCUGACUUAACAACACAGGCUUUCUUGGCAUCACUGAAACGCUUUUCAUCACGCCGUGGCAAGCCCAGUCUGGUAAUGUGCGAUAAUGCCACGAACUUUGUUGGAGCCAGACGAGAAUUGGACGAGCUAUGUACGUUGUUUAACAACCAACAAUUCCAACGGACUAUUUCUGCAGAAGCAGCGGAAAGCAAUAUUGAUUUUCGGUUCAUACCCGCACGUUCCCCAAACUUUGGAGGACUUUGGGAGUCAGCAGUUAAGUCCUUCAAAACAUUAUUUAAGCGGACCAUUGGCACCCACACCUUGCUGUAUGAUGAGAUGCAGACUGUUUUAACACAAAUCGAAGCUGUGCUAAACUCGCGACCACUGACUCCGGUGAGCAACGAUCCGAACGACUACGAAGCGCUAACACCGGGUCAUUUCUUGAUCCAACGACCUUUAACUGCGAUUCCUGAACCUGAUUUGGACGACAUACCUGUGAAUAGAUUGUCUGCUUGGCAACGGACGCAAUAUUUUAUGCAAUGCUUGUGGAAGAAAUGGUCGGCACAGUAUCUAUCGAAUCUACAGAACCGCACUAAAUGGACGAAAGAACGCGAUAAUUUGACUGCUGGUACUAUGGUGCUGUUGAAAGAUGAAAAUUUACCACCAUUGAAGUGGCAACUUGGGCGGGUAGUGGAGUUGCAUCCCGGAUCUGAUGGUAAUAUUCGUGUUGUUACCGUACGCACAAGGGAAGGAAUAUAUAGGCGUGCAAUAUCCAAAGUCUGUAUCUUGCCCAUCCGUGAUAACAUUAAUGCAUCAUCAGAGGAGAACUAGGACUCCUCCAACGGCGGGGGUCGAGAGGCCCCCGCACACCAGUUAAUCGCAUUUUGUAUUAAAUGGACAUCGUUUGUUUUGACUUCACCAGAACUGAGCUUAAAUCAGAGUCGAGGUAACCCGUUUUGUUCUUGGUGGUGGAAAGUAAUUGCAUGCAGUGUGAGGGUGUAGCAGUUGCGCUGGUUACCGAACCAGUUAUGUUUGGUGUGGUCCACACCUAUACAGCCGUAUCGGCUGUCUCAGACGAACCUCAGUUAAUCACAGUUUUACGUUUGGUAUUUUCGAGGCACACUUGACAUCAGCGAGGCCUGAUCCUAACUGGGCAAUACCGACGUAAUGUAGACGUCAUUCUGUCUGCAGAAGGAACACCAACGCCAGGAGGCGCGGGCGGAGGCCAUCCGGCCUCCGUUUCAGGGAAGUCCUUUUUUGUAACAUCAUUUCGGUUUAAAAAAGCACCCUCUCAUUUUAUUCAUAGCACCGCCGCAAGCGAUGAACGGUAUCAGGCACGACCAGUCAACACAAAAAGCAAGCACCAGCAAAACAAUGAACAGGACAACUGCGACUGCGGAGAUAACGUUCCAAAUCGUCAACAGAAAUUACAGUUACUUUCAACAACAAUCUCAUCAUUUACUAGCAUCAGAAACAACCGCAGACAAAGUGUAUCAGGCGCAUCAUCAACGUGUCAACUCCCAUCAGCAGAAUAUAAACACGAACUAAGAACUUGGCAGCAACAACAACAGCAAAUGAAACGAAAGAAGGAUCACAACAAAACUCACACAUAUUGUAGAGCACAAUCGGCGAAUCUAGGUCAAGUUCAUAGUACCGUUACCCUCACCAGACGUAAAUAGUAGCACCAACAAUGACCAGAUGAUGUAAACAAACCGGGAUGUACCGUUACCACGGAGAGCGCUGCCUAUUUCCGAAGUGUGUGCCAGACAACCUCUGUUCUCAUCGGUUUCGUAGUAGCUAGAAUAGGACAGAAGCAAUUGAAAUGCAAGAUAUUUCAAGGCGGCCGGCAUGUUUAUGCGAAAAGGAAUUUUGAGCAUCCCGAGAAAACGUGAUCCACAACAACCAAGCGAUAUUGUUUUCCUCUUUUCCCACACAGUAUCGCUUGGUUUGUUUCACUCGAGCAACAAUUACUCAGAGAGACCAAUUCUCUCUAGCGAUAACGUUUUUUGAUGUUGCUUUGAUCGAUGUUUCUGAUAAAACAGCUGAUUGUAUGAAGAGGAGAGAUAAAUGUACCGUCGUAAAAAAAAUACACGUUUUUGGAAAAUAAAUGGAGUUCGCGUUUAGUCCGUUCAAUG